UGAUAGAGCAGCAGUCCUCUCCUCGCUUCAUUAUCUGGGCUUCGCCAUCAGUUGGCUGUUAAGAGCGAUCGAAGGAGCAGCUGUUGUUCAGGACUUCUAGCACAGGUGACACUGCAUAAAGAAAUUAACACGUGAUCCACACACAAUGUCAAAAGAUGAGAGAACAAGUGUUUUGCGGACCACUAAGGUUCGGACGGCUAUCAAGGGAGAUAGCAGUUGGAUCCAGAGGCGCACAGAGGCCGAGCCUGAAGGGGAGGAGGAUAAGCCAUGGCUGGCUGAGGUCCGGGCAAACCGCCUGAAUGGAGCCCCAACAGAGACCAGUCCAGUCUCUUCACCCACAACCAAAGCGCCUGCUUCCACAGACACCACACAAAGUACAAAAUCAGCAACAUCAGGAUAUCUAAUCAGAGGGGUUUUCAAAAAAACGGACACCAACCCCACUUCCUCAACCAAUGGUCUCAGUGCUCCCGCUCCAACUUCCAACUUCACCAAGAAGCCGUCCGAGGUAUACAAGAAAAUAGCCCCUCAUACGGUGCGACCCUCCACAGAGCCCACAGUCCAGACGGAGCCUCAGCUCUCCCCUGAGGAAGUGGAGAAACGUACGGAGGCAGCCAGUGGUGUCCUACAGAACACAAAAGCUGCCCGGCAGCGGUCCUACGUUCUCUCUGCAGCCAAGAAAUAUGAAUCCACAAGCAAACCAGAAUCUCCUCCGGAGAGCACUACCACAUCAUUUGUGGCUAAAAGGGUGGAGAUCAGCGACGAUGAGGCCGAUACUCCACAGGAGCCCGUCUCACCGCCUCCCGCUCCUGUUAAACGUGUCUCUGCACCAGAGCCCACUCCACCACCGCCCACUCUACCAGAGCCCACUCCACCACCGCCCACUCUACCAGAGCCCUCUCCACCCCCGCCCACUCUACCAGAGCCCACUCCACCCCCGCCCACUCUACCAGAGCCCACUCCACCACCGCCCACUCUACCAGAGCCCACUCCACCCCCGCCCACUCUACCAGAGCCCACUCCACCCCCGCCCACUCUACCAGAGCCCUCUCCACCCCCGCCCACUCUACCAGAGCCCACUCCACCACCGCCCACUCUACCAGAGCCCACUCCACCCCCGCCCACUCUACCAGAGCCCACUCCACCCCCGCCCACUCUACCGGCCAGCGUGAAGAAAGAGUUUCCCCCAGUGGUAGUGACCCCCAAGCCGCUACCCCAAGAGCGUAUUCCUGAGCCUCCGGCUGAACAGAGUGCUGAAACGCUAAGUGCUUUGUCAGACACCCUCAUAUCUUUCAACACGGAACAUACCAGUCCAAAACAAAAGCAGGAAGUCACUCCAGUGGUUGAUUUGAUCUCCAGCCCUGUUAAAGACCGCAUAACACACACAAAGCCAGUAUUGUUUGAAGAGACAAAGACAGUGGAAACCAGUGUUGUUCCUGAACCCAUCCCUGAGCCAAGUAGUGACCUCCAUAAUGAUGACCUUGUUUCCCUUGCACAGAGCGGAGAUGUGGAGCAGGUGGACACUCCUCCUAGCAGCCCCCCAGCGUGGAGUCAGGAUCUCCUGGGGCCCGAGAGCGUUCCUGCCCAGACAAAGAAGACUACUGGAGCACUUGACCUGCUCGCUGAUGACGUCAUCCCAAUUGAUACAAAACGCACCAGCCUCUCUAGCACAGACGACCUACUGAGUCCCACAGAAACCAUCACCAUAACCACCAAAACUACAAUCAUUACUGAAGACAGUUCUGUUGAUCCAUUUGAUCCUUUCCCAAAAGAGACCAUGCCCAUUAAGAGCCCUGUGAAGCUGUUUGAUGUACUCAACACAAAAACCAGUUCCCCAGAGCCUGUCUCCCCUCCUAGUCCCAUUCCUGAUGACAGCAUGCCCACCGAUGCGCUUGUGAGCCUAGCUGAUGAUGUCAUCCCUAUCGACACAAACACCACAAGACUCAUUACUAACAGAGAUUGGGAACGCUUUGACACCAAAACUGAAAGUGAGGAGGAGGAGGAACCUGCUGCCAGUGCUGAUAUGGUCUCAGUUCGAUAUGAGAGGAAGUCUACAGACAAUGAUUCCCCAUGGGAUAAAUGGACCUCCCCCACUGUUUACACCACUAAAACAGAAGAGAGCACAAUUGAUGCUGACCAGGAGAGCACAUCAUCAGAUUCAGAGAAGAAGGGGAUUGUGCUCUUAAAGGAAUAUGUCGAUGACAAAAGAGACUACUCGACACACUCCUCCCUGUAUGACUACAGCCGUGACGGUAAUAUGUCUGCCUGUACAUACUGUGGAGAGCUUGUCGGCAGUGAUGCAAAGAUCACUAUUGAACAUCUCAAUAUCUCAUGCCAUCCAACGUGUUUCAAGUGUGCCAUAUGCAGCAGCCCAAUGGGAGACUUGCUCUUCAGCAUGUUUUUGCACAAUGGGAUGGUGCACUGUGAGACCUGCUAUGCGAAUGUGAUUUAAUGCUCAUUACCGGUCAUUACCCCCCCGGAAAGAUACUACCCAUCAUCCUAAGAAGACUCGCACAGUUUGAUACUUUUUCAAAUGAUACACUUGAGUUGUUUUAAACUGAUACUCAGUAAGAACAUUACAGUGCAAUAAAUAUGCACUGAUGCUGUGGCAAUCCUACAAGUAUGAGUCAAGUAUAGAAUGCUUGACUCAUACUUUCCAACUCCAUUUGAAUGAAGUUAAUAUAUCCUUUAUGGGAUGAAGCUUUUAUUUUCCCAUACUAAUAGAGGAUUACUGAAAUAUCACUGUACUGAUUUUACUGUAUAUUUGACAUAAAUGAAGGAUCUAGAAAAAACUAUACGUGUUGUAUUGGGAGUGUAUCUGCAACAUCAGCAAGGCUUUGGGAAACUAUCACUGUAUAAAGGUGAGGAUUUUUGUUACAAGAACAUGAGCUCUGUAUUCAUCCCCACUGCCUUGUGUCUUCUUCCUGCAUAAUGUGCUGUUCUACUUGUAAUGCUUUUGUUUUCAUUGUCUCAAUAAACCUUGCAUGAUUAUCUAAA